ACCGGGAGCAGACGGGCUUUAGUUGAUGACGUAAACUGUUGUGCUGUGAUUUAAGCUGUGUGACCCGACCCAGGCAGUAGCAUGUACAAUGCCGAGGACAGUUGUCAAAAGAAAGAAGUUGUUAAUGAAAAGUUACUCGACUGAUUCCUACUACAGGGCAGGAGCAAAGUCACAGUUACGAAACGACGUCCAUUUUUAAACGUAACGUGACGAAGUCUGUAACGUAGAACAGUGUGUUCUGUAGCCGUCCUUCCUUCCUUCGGUCAUUCAUUUGCUGUGCUGGGCAUAAAUAUGAGAAGACGACCAUUUGGGCUUUUAAAAAAGCUAACCUCUGGAAAUGUUUAAGUCAUUGCGAACUCUCUUCAGGCCGGAGCUGGUGUUGACCAGGUCCAGCUCCAGUUAUGUAACAAGAAUGAGGCACCUGAUGAAGCUGAAGGAGGAUGACGGGGCGUGCCUGGAGGCUCUUCGCUCUGGCCAUCUGCUGCUCUACCACUGGCUGGCCCCUCUGUUGCAGAAGGCUCCCGCCACCGCCUCCACCCCCGGACUCUUCCAGCUGCCCGCCAUCAACACCAGCGAUUUUGAAGGAGUACUUGACAAACUUGGGAAGAGCCGGGCGCUUGUGAAUGAAGCAGUUCUUAUUGCCUGCACUGAACAGCAUGAGGCCCAGUUUUCUCUUGAUGUUGGGGUCCUGGAUAAGUCUGAGGUGGAGAGGUUGUGUGGAGGAGCGUUCAUUGACCUAAGGAAGGCCUUCUUCCUCCUCCGAGGCCCAGAGGCCCCGCUGGUGGCCCGGGGCCAGGCACUGCUGCGUUGGCACCAGACCCAUGGCUUCUGCAGUGCUAGUGGGCACCCCACCUUCAGGAACCAGUCGGGCAGCCAGCGCGUGUGCCACAGCAGUGGGCAAACCUACUACCCAAAGAUGGCGCCAGUGGUGAUUACUCUAAUAUCCGAUGGCACCCAGUGUCUACUGGGGAGGCAGGCCACCUUCCCCAGAGGCAUGUACAGCGCCCUGGCAGGAUUCUGUGACAUGGGUGAGACCAUAGAGGAGACGUUGCGGAGAGAGGUGGCAGAGGAGGUGGGCUUGGAGCUGGACUCGUGGCGAGUGUCGGGCACUCAGCACUGGCCUUUUCCCCAGAGCUCCUUCAUGGUGGCCUGCCACGCAACCGUUACCCCUGGCAACACACAGGUGAGUUUAAACCAUGAGGAGCUGGAGGACGCACGCUGGUUCUCUCUGCAGGAGAUCGAGGAGGCGCUGCGUCUGAAGAAGCCGCCCCGUAACCCUGAGGGGGAGACCCCCACCCUCUGGGUGCCCCCCAGCUACGCCAUCGCACACCAGCUGGUGCAGGAGUGGGUGCAGCAGCAACGGAGUGCUGCACGCUAGUAACACACACACACACACACACACAAACACAAACACAUAGGCACAGGCACACAGACACGCACACACACACACAUAGGCACACAUAGGCACACACACACACACACGCAC